UCGUUUGUAAAUAAAAUUCACCGGAAAAUUAAAUUUCUUUUCAAAAACUCAUUGGAGCACUUUAAAAAACAUGUCAGACGAUGCCUCGAAAUCCGUGUCAGAACUUGUAUCGGAAGUAAUACAAGAAUUCGACGAAAAAUCAUCAACAACAAAAGAAGAAGAUGAAUUCGCUUACCUCAAAAACGGAUUCACGCAAGAAAAUUUCAAGAUCGAAGUAAAAAACCUUCCUCGGCAUUACGGCGCCCAAUCGCUCAAGAAAUUCCUCUCGGACAAAAUAAAAUGUAAUCCCGGCAAAGUCAAGAUGAUUCGCCCCGGGCAUCAUUUUUGCUUUGUUUGUUUCCGCAACGAAGAGGACCGAGAAAAGGCGAUUCCCAUGAUUAAUGGUUAUCAGUGGAAAGGAAAGACUUUGGAAGCGGUGAAAAGUACGCCAGUUCCCGAUCCCAUGGUACGAAAACGGAAUCGCGACAAUCAACAAGGCGGCAAUGCGACGAAAAAGCAAAAAACGCUGGUUGAAUCGACAACUCCUUUGGCUCAUUUGCCGUACGAGGAACAAUUGAAGCAAAAACAGGACGAAGUUAAGAAAUUGUUGCAUGACUUUUCGAAUCAAUUUUGGAAAGCAAGUCCGGCAAAACGUAAAUGGAUCGAAGAACAACGAAAAUUGAAUGAUGGCGUCAUUUUUCAGUUGGAAAAUAUUAAAGCAAGUCCCGCCAUCGAUGGAUAUCGCAACAAAUGUGAGUUCAGCAUCGGCAAAGAUAGCACGGGAAAAGUCACGAUCGGGCAAAGAUUCGGAAGUUACUUCGAUGGAACGGUCGAAGUUGGGCCUCUUGACGAUUUGAAACACAUUUCAAAGGAAAUGAAAAAUAUCGCAAAAAUUUUCGAAAAAUUCCUCGAGCAAUCGGAUUUGCCGAUUUUUAAUCAGGAGUCACAUGAAGGUCACUGGAAGCUUCUCAUGGUGCGUCAAUCCUUCUCAACGGGCGAAAUAAUGCUCUCCAUCGGCUUAGAAAUGCAAGAUUUAACUUCCGAAGCUUUUGACAAAACAAAACAACAAAUUAUCGACUUUUUCACGUCAGGAGACGGCAAAUCCGCGAACGUCACGUCAAUUUAUUAUCAAAUUCUGAAGAAACGAGCGCCUGGCGAAACAUUUUUGCCCUUCACGCAUUUAUGGGGAUCCGAAUACAUCACUGACGAAAUAUUAGGAUUCAAAUUCCGCAUCAGUCCUGCGUCGUUUUUCCAAACAAAUUCAGCGGCAGCGGAAGUUUUGUACCAAAAAUUGAUCGAUUUGGGCAAAUUAGACAAAAAUAAGACGACUUUGCUGGAUGUUUGUUGCGGCAUUGGAACAAUUGGCUUGUGCCUGUCGAAACAUUGCAAGCGAGUGCUUGGCGUGGAAAUUAUCGAAGAAGCGAUAAAAGAUGCAAAUUUCAAUGCUGAAGCCAAUAAUGUGGAAAAUUGCUCGUUCACGUGUGCCAAUUCGGAUGACUGGAUUAAAAGUAUCGUGAAAGGUGAAUGUCAAAAUGAGGAAGAUGUUGUAGCGAUUGUUGAUCCGCCGAGACCUGGAUUACAUGAUCGUUCAAUUUAUCAACUUCGCAACUCGGAAAAAAUCAAAAAAUUAAUUUACGUGUCAUGUUCGCCGAAAAGUGUCUUCAAAAAUUUAAUUGAUUUGUGCAGACCUCGUUCAAAAGCCUUGAGUGGGAACCCAUUUACGCCGAAAUAUGGCGUCGCGGUUGACAUGUUUCCUCAUACAGCGCACAUGGAAUUAGUUUUAGUCUUUGAACGAGACUCGGAUGAGCCUGAAAAAGUCGUUGAAGACACAAAAGUUGAUAAAAAUGAAGAAAUGGCAGAUGAAAAAAUGGAAAAAUCUGAUGAAUAACUUACCUUCAGGACUUUUAAUAAAAAUUUUUAAUUUUUUUUCAAAAUAUUAUUCAUUUAUUCAUCACUCUUUUGCUAUUUAUGUCAAAAAUUUACACUAUUUCCGAGACGCAUGAGGGCAUCUUUCGCUCCCAUCGCCAUAUCAGCUUCCUGCGUGCCUUCCGGCUCAAAACUCAAAAUCUUCUCUGAUUCGCGCAAUAAAUUUACGACUUCCUUCAAGCGAUUUUUCAGGUCAUUUGUACUUAUUUUUCGGGAUUCAAAGAGUUUUCGUGCUUGCAUCAUCAGCGGAGCAUGCAAUUCGUACAUUACAACGCCACGCAAACGCGAUAGACCCGGCUCGAGAAUGUCAAUUACUUCCAACAAGUCGCGACAAAUGGUUUCUUUGCGACUCAACUCUUCCGGCGACAUAUCCUGCAACAUGUGACUUGCUGUUCGGCCAUACAAUUGACAGAGAUUGUGUUUGGCUGAGAGAUUUAAGUAGUGAUUUUUGUGGAGAACGUUGCGAUAUCUAAGGAAAAAUUAAAAAUUUUCAAU